CUUCAUAAAACUCGUAGUUUUUACUUGCGCUAAAAUUAGUUAGCUUUUACAAGAAGCCACUAUUAGUGCCGCGCUAAUUACCGAAGUGAUAUAAAUUCAAUUAGUAACUCACAUAUAUUUCAUUAUUAUUCGAACAUGUGCGAAUUGAGUACUCAAAAUAAAAUAUCUUACGAAAACGUUCAAAGAUGGAUAGACGAGAUGAUGCCAAAGAUCAUCGAGAAUCUUGGAUCGGACAUUCAUAAAGCUCAGUACGAAUUAUUAGGAUCUACUGGCAACUGUAUUAUGUCCAACAUAUAUCGUAUACGUUUAAAAUUUGAGAAUAAAACAAACAGACAGAAUGAAGAAUUGUCUAUGAUACUGAAGAGGCCUAUGUUGGAUUUUAAUCAGACAGUUCGUAUUGAUCUUCAAUUUCGCAACGAGAUCUUGUUCUAUCAAAUGUACGCCCGACCAGAUAAUUAUGCAAAAUGUUUUUAUGUUGAAGAACGACCGCCUAACGACUCUAUAAUUGCUUUAGAAAAUGUCAACGAACAAAGAUAUUAUUCUUGUCCAUAUAAAUAUGAUCCUCCAGUGGAAUACACAUUAGCGGCGAUGCGCGAGCUGGGACGAUUUCAUGGUAAAGGAUAUGUCAUGAAGGAAAUGCAAUGGGAAAAAUUCUUCGAUAUCACAACGAAAAUUCAAGAAGUUAGGUUUACAAACAAAACGGAAAAUAUAUACAAGUUGGCUUGCAACAUUAAGACAUCACGAGUGGUAGAAUAUCUUCGCAGCCAGGAUCAUGAUGCAGUUUUCUGUGAUAAGAUGGAAGCCUUAUUUUCAAACGCGUUUGAAGAAGUGAUGAUAAAAACGAUACAACCGCUUGAACCUCUAGCCACGUUGUGUCACGGUGAUUUCACAUUGGACAAUAUUCUCUUCAAGACAGAAAACGAUAAUGGACAGCAUCUUCCAAUAUUAAUUGAUUUCGCGCUUAUUAGAUACUCGACACCUGUCAUUGAUCUCUCCACGUAUCUUCAUUUAUGUUGUUCAAAUGAAAUAAGAAAAGAAAAAUUUUUCGAUUUCAUACAGGCUUACCAUGACUCGCUUAAAGAAUAUCUAUUAAACACCGGCGUUCAAGAUAUUGAGAAAUACUCGUAUAAUGCUUUGUUAAACGAUUUUAAGAGGGGUGCUCUCUUUGGUUUCGUUGUUAUGUGCAUCUUUAUACCGACCAUACUGGGAUAUCUCACACCAGAAGUAUUAGUACGAGAAAUAUUAGAUUUUGGCCCUUUAGAAAGCAUGAAGAAACAAAGAUAUGCUGGAGGAGACAAAGUAUCCAAAAUACUAGUUGAUGCCUUGCUGUAUCUAAAAGAUCUUGGUUGCCUGAAACAUGUUUUAUAGUCGCGCGAAAUAAUUCGAAUGAAUAAAAUGUAAUGUCUGUCGAUUAAUAACAUGAAGCUCAACAAUGAAUAGAUUUUAAGUUCAAUAAUGAAUAAAUUUUAAGCUUUAAUUUGUCAAAAAUGUAAAACUCGUUCCCUGUAUAGAGCUACUAACUGAUGUUGUUUCACAUUUUUGAUGUAACAUCAAAUGUACAAUAUUUUAUUUACCAUUUGUGUAAAACUAAAUAUAUUGGAAGAGUGUUCAUGAACAUCAAAAUAAAGAGCGUUCCUUAAUAUAAAAUAUAGAGCCUUAUCACAUUAAUUAAUUCAAAAUGAUAUCGAGAAUAGGAACAUCAAAAUAAUCAUUUUCUGUAUCAAUACUGUUAUCUUUCAAAUUAAAGUUGAGGCACGUGAAACUUCAAUCGAUUUCUCUCAGAUCAAUGCUUUGCUCGUUGUAUAUUUUAUACCUAUAAUAUUAUAUUCAAAAACUAUCCAUUAUAUUGAUAUCUUUGAGUGUAUAUCAGUUGCACAAGUUCUAGCAUUAGCCAAUCACAGCUCUAGAAAAAAAUAAUUAAAAAAAUCUCCCUAGUCGCUGUAAUUGAUAGUAAGCAAUUACAACUACUCUCGAUAUCUUUUGUUUCAGAUCAUAAGCUAUAUCAUGUAUGAAAACCGAUUCUAUUACCAGUACUAAAUAUUCCAUAAUUAUUCAAUGCGUCUUUAAAACGAAUCAUGAAUAUAUCUCGAUAAUAGUACAUGACAUCACUUUGUACAUCUUAUUAAAAUAAUAUUUUUAAACUAUGUUUGUAUGAGAAUAC